CGUGAUGCAUCCUCCAAUCAGCCGGAGAUCAUGCUCGAGGACGAGAACGCCUUCGGCUUCAUCCGCCACAACAGUCGUCCCCCAAAGCUGCGGAAAGUCGGCGUCACCGAGAUCAGGGGGCCGUACUACUCCGUCAUGCAGAAGCAGCCAGAAUUAGAAGCACCUGCGACUGUGCGAUGCUUGGAGCGCUCACCCGAGCACGCUGGCUUACCGAGCGCUUGGAUUCGUUGUCAAGACAUAUGUCCGGAUGUGUUUCCGUGAUCGUCAGCAUCAUAAAGAAACUGCCCCAGGACACGAUUGAAGAAUCUACUAUGUUGAAGAGACAAUCUGGGGGCGCUCACAGGGACUGCACUCCGUCGGAGAGCUACACGGUUCAAGACCUCUUGAUUAUACAUAAGGUGAAGGCGCUCGUCCACUUGAAUGAGAAACACUUCAAGAGGUACGCAGCAAAGUCAAGCCUCUGCAGCAGUGCUACUCGAAAUCUCAUUCCGGUACACAGUUUACCUACCGUCCAAGUCCGCUUGCCGGCAGGCCGACAGGACCGGCCUACCCCAAAAAUUGAGAGGAUGAGAGGAGCAGGCCACGUUCUGGCAGUUGGGGGACAUGCCUGUAGUAGAUAUUCCCUUCACUACAACGCCGAUCGCAUUAGGAUCAAAAUGCCAAGUGGGAUAGCCAUCUUUGGAAAGCAUAGUGUGGCUGAUGCAUCUGCCCGACGGUACACAACUUUGUCUCGCCGGUGAAAGAAUCUGAGAGGGGCCGCCUGGCGGAACCGUGGUCUUCAGACAUGGAGACGGUGCGUUGAUCGUAGGGGGUGGAACUCCCAAUCGCUGAGAUCGCUC